GUUAUAAUCUCUUCCAUUUCGAUCCAUUCGAAAAAAUCCAAACCCUCCUUGCUUCCGCCCUUUGUUACUCUCUCUCUUAGAAGAAAGGUUUAUUCUGUGUCGAUUGAAUCUGAUAAUCGAUUCGUAUAUCUGAAAGAAAGUUGAAUCUGUCUGUUGAUUGAUUCCGAUAAUCGAUUCGUAUAUAUAUAAACGUAUAGGGUCUUGUUUGUUCGAUCGGCAGCGAUGUCUUUGAGACCGAGUGCGAGGACUGAGGUUCGCAGGAACCGCUAUAAGGUGGCCGUCGAUGCAGAAGAAGGUCGGAGGAGGAGGGAAGACAACAUGGUGGAGAUCCGGAAGAGCAAAAGAGAAGAAAACUUGCAGAAGAAGCGACGGGAGGGCCUUCAAGCCCAGCAAUUUCCCUCUACGAUCAACGUCUCCGCAUUCGAGAAGAAGUUAGAAAGUCUUCCAGCAAUGGUUGCGGGGGUCUGGUCCGAUGAGAGCAGCUUGCAGCUUGAAGCAACCACUCAUUUCCGGAAGCUACUUUCAAUAGAACGGAGUCCUCCAAUCAACGAAGUUGUACAAUCUGGUGUUGUUCCUCGAUUUGUUGAGUUUCUUGCAAGGGAUGACUUCCCACAGCUUCAGUUUGAGGCUGCUUGGGCUUUAACAAACAUUGCAUCUGGGACAUCAGAAAACACUAGGGUUGUAAUUGAGAAUGGAGCUGUCCCAGUUUUUGUGAAACUGCUUGGUUCUUCAAGUGAUGAUGUUCGUGAACAGGCUGUUUGGGCUUUAGGAAAUGUUGCUGGUGACUCACCUAAAUGCCGUGAUCUCGUCCUUGGUUAUGGGGCUUUGAUGCCAUUGCUGGCACAAUUUAAUGAGCAUGCAAAGCUAUCAAUGCUAAGAAAUGCGACGUGGACAUUAUCAAACUUUUGCAGGGGCAAGCCUCAGCCUCCAUUUGAGCAGACAAAGCCAGCUCUUCCAGCCCUUGAGCGUCUUAUACAUUCUAAUGAUGAAGAAGUCCUCACAGAUGCAUGUUGGGCACUGUCUUAUCUUUCUGAUGGCACCAAUGACAAAAUCCAAGCUGUUAUUGAGGCAGGUGUAUGCCCGCGACUUGUUGACCUUCUACUACACCCCUCUCCAUCAGUGCUCAUACCUGCUCUUCGCACGGUUGGAAAUAUUGUUACUGGGGAUGAUAUCCAAACUCAGUGUAUUAUCAAUCAUCAAGCACUUCCAUGCCUUUUGAACCUCUUGACACAUAAUCAUAAGAAAAGCAUCAAGAAGGAAGCUUGCUGGACAAUCUCUAACAUCACCGCUGGGAACAAAGAGCAGAUACAGGCUGUUAUUGAUGCUGGUAUCAUUGGCCCCCUCAUCCAAUUGCUUCAAAGUGCUGAGUUUGAUAUUAAGAAAGAAGCUGCUUGGGCAAUUUCAAAUGCUACAUCUGGGGGCACACAUGAGCAAAUCAAGUUCUUGGUGAGCCAGGGGUGCAUUAAGCCACUGUGUGAUCUACUUGUUUGUCCUGACCCAAGAAUAGUCACGGUCUGCUUGGAAGGAUUAGAAAACAUUUUGAAGGUUGGGGAAGCUGAGAAGAAUUCGGGUAACUCUGGGGAUGUAAAUCAGUAUGCUCAAUUAAUUGAUGAAGCUGAAGGGUUGGAAAAAAUUGAGAACCUUCAGAGUCAUGACAACAAUGAGAUAUAUGAGAAGGCAGUGAAGAUUCUCGAGACAUAUUGGUUGGAGGACGAUGAGGAGACAUUGCCUCCUGGUGAUGCUUCACAAACUGGAUUCCGCUUUGGAGGGAAUGACGCACCCGUUCCUCCUGAUGGAUUCAACUUUGGUUGAAGGACAUUUGAUUGGCUGUGGAAUGAAAUUCACAGAGUUCGGGUUUGGGGUGAUGUUUUUUGUGGUUGGGUGAUAAAGGGCAUUUUGUCGUCGUCUUCAAGUUGCUCCUUAAUGCUUGAAGAGGUGCUGGAGUAUGUUUUCCCCUGAAAGGGAUUGAAUAAAGCAGGUUGUGUGAUACGGUAAAGCAGGUUUAGUUGUUAAUACAGUUGGAUAUCCUCGCGAUUAUAGUUGGAACCACACAAACAAUGUAGAGUCCUCCUUCUCCCCUGAGUUCUUUCUUUUCCUUCUAUUUGUUGGUCAUUCUUUUCUGUCUAUCGUCAGAGGUCACAAAAUGCAAGAGUGGGCAGGUUGUUUUGAUUCCCAAAUUAUGUUUUUGCCUGGUUUAUAGUCGGAGAGAAAUAAAGAAAACAAGCUUAUACAUAAAUUUUCCUGUGAGGUUCGCAAUGUAGCCGCCCUGUUAGGAAGUCUGCCCUUGGGGGUCCUUUUUAGUUUUGAGAGGAAGGUGCUAUUUGUUGGAUGUGUAUUAAUAUUUUCAUUUUUUAUUUUUUAUUUAAAAAAUUGGUGGCUGAAUGAAUUUGGUGUAUUGUUUAUUGAUCUCAAGUUGUGUUCCAUUUUCA